AUGUUGAACUACAAUGUCCACAUGGGCAUAGAUCUGCUUCUGGACGGCUACCUGGCUCGUUGCUUUGGAUCAGGAGCCGCUGAACGCUUCUUCCGCUCUUUUCCGGGCGUCCCACCUCAUCCCGAACCAAUCCCCGCCACUUACGACGAAGGGAGUUGCGCGUUUUAUCUCCAGAACGGGAGCUCAUACGGACUACGUGACCCACUCGACUACGCGGUCAACAACACACGGGGCGUGGUUGUACACCAGACUGCGUGGACAUCACCCGCCUUAUUCGGAGCCGAGAGGGAGCAACUUACAGCUAGUCGGGCUCACCUCGCCCCAACAAAAUUCUUUGUAAAUGUGGACGGAUCCAUCGGACUACCCAUAUCAGACGCAAUUGAAAACAGAGGCUAUACUUUGAAAGGGUGUGACGCAGCUAUGUCCUUCGGAGCCUCUUUUCCGCCCUACAUUACACUACAUAUUCAGUGGCCCGGAUACCCAUCCUGGACCACGCAGUUGUCGACGACAGAUGAUGGUAGAGGCGGGGGAAUUACUCUAGCAGAGUGCGCGCGCCGCCUUGGCCUUGCUGUGGACGCAUUCCUGGUGCAACAUGUUGCCAAAAGGUCGUCCAAAAGCGAGUGGAGGAUUGGCGUAGGUGGCAUCACUCGUGGCGACGUUGUGCUAAUUGGGCUGGUGGAGGUAUACAAGGGGCUUUGGAUGCCUGUCCUUCAGCUCUGUCGACACAUCAUUGGCUGA